GGGCCGACGCCGCGCAGCAGGCGGAGUUCGCAGCUCGGCUACAACGAGAGCCGCGGGGGCCGCGGAGCUGGAGCCAGAGGAGCCAGAACCCGCUCGAGAGUCGGAGCGGCGGACCGGCUGGAGCCGGCUCCAUCGAUAUGGGGUCAGCAGACUCCAAGCUGAACUUCCGGAAGGCGGUGAUCCAGCUGACCACGAAGACGCAGCCCGUGGAAGCCACCGAUGAUGCCUUUUGGGACCAGUUCUGGGCAGACACAGCAACCUCUGUGCAAGAUGUCUUUGCGUUGGUGCCAGCAGCAGAGAUCCGGGCUGUGCGGGAGGAGUCGCCCUCUAACCUGGCCACCCUGUGCUACAAGGCGGUGGAGAAGUUGGUGCAAGGAGCAGAGAGUGGCUGCCACUCAGAGAAGGAGAAGCAGGUGGUCCUGAACUGCAGCCGGCUGCUCACCCGAGUGCUGCCCUACAUCUUCGAGGACCCAGACUGGAGGGGCUUCUUCUGGUCCACAGUGCCCGGGGCAGGGCGUGGAGGGGGGGAGGAGGAGGAUGAGAAUGCCCGGCCCCUGGCUGAGUCCCUGCUUCUGGCCAUUGCUGAUUUGCUCUUCUGUCCAGACUUCACAGUUCAGAGCCAUCGGAGGAGCACUGUGGACUCAGCAGAAGAUGUCCACUCCCUGGACAGCUGUGAAUACAUCUGGGAGGCUGGCGUGGGCUUUGCUCACUCCCCCCAGCCUAACUACGUUCACGACAUGAACCGGAUGGAGCUGCUGAAACUACUGUUGACGUGCUUCUCAGAGGCCAUGUACUUGCCACCAUCUCCAGAAAGUGGCAGCACCAACCCAUGGGUUCAAUUCUUUUGUUCCACAGAGAACAGACACGCACUGCCCCUCUUCACCUCCCUCCUCAACACCGUGUGUGCCUAUGACCCUGUGGGCUACGGGAUCCCCUACAAUCACCUGCUCUUCUCCGACUACCGGGAGCCCCUAGUGGAGGAGGCUGCUCAAGUGCUCAUUGUCACCUUGGACCAUGACAGUGCCACUAGCACCAGCCCCACCGUGGAUGGCACCACCACGGGCACUGCCAUGGAUGAUGCUGAUCCCCCAGGGCCUGAAAACCUGUUUGUGAACUACCUGUCCCGCAUCCAUCGGGAGGAGGACUUCCAGUUCAUCCUCAAGGGUAUAGCCCGGCUGCUGUCCAACCCCCUGCUCCAGACCUACCUACCUAACUCCACCAAGAAAAUCCAGUUCCAUCAGGAGUUGCUGGUUCUCUUCUGGAAGCUCUGUGACUUUAACAAGAAAUUCCUCUUUUUUGUGCUGAAGAGCAGUGAUGUGUUGGACAUCCUGGUCCCCAUCCUCUACUUUCUCAAUGAUGCCCGGGCAGAUCAGUCACGGGUGGGCCUGAUGCACAUCGGGGUCUUCAUCUUGCUGCUUCUGAGCGGGGAGAGGAACUUCGGGGUGCGGCUGAACAAGCCCUACUCAGUGCGAGUGCCCAUGGACAUCCCUGUCUUCACUGGCACCCAUGCUGAUUUGCUCAUUGUGGUAUUCCACAAGAUCAUCACCAGUGGCCACCAGCGGCUACAACCUCUCUUUGACUGCCUGCUCACCAUCGUGGUCAACGUGUCACCCUACCUCAAGAGCCUGUCCAUGGUGACUGCCAACAAGCUGCUACACCUGCUGGAGGCUUUCUCUACUACUUGGUUCCUUUUCUCAUCUGCCCAGAACCACCACCUGGUCUUCUUCCUCCUGGAGGUCUUCAACAACAUCAUCCAGUACCAGUUUGAUGGUAACUCCAACCUGGUCUAUGCCAUCAUCCGCAAACGUGGUGUCUUCCACCAGCUGGCCAACCUGCCCACUGACCCACCUUCCAUCCACAAGGCGCUGCAACGUCGCAGGCGGACACCUGAGCCCCUGUCCCGUUCCGGUUCACAGGAGGGUGCCUCCAUGGAGGGCUCCCGCCCAGCUGCACCUGCAGAGCCAGGCACCCUCAAGACCAGUCUGGUGGCCACCCCAGGCAUCGACAAGCUGACGGAGAAGUCCCAGGUGUCAGAGGAUGGCACCUUAAGGUCUCUGGAGCCCGAGUCCCAGCAAAGCUCAGCGGAAGGCAGCCCGUCCGAGGGGGAGCCCAGCCAGGGAUGGAGGGAACAGCGGCGACUAUCCAGCGCAUCGGCCAGUGGCCAGUGGAGCCCAACAUCAGAUUGGGUCUUAUCCUGGAAGUCAAAGUUGCCUCUGCAAACCAUCAUGCGCCUGCUGCAGGUGCUGGUUCCCCAGGUAGAGAAGAUCUGCAUUGACAAGGGCCUGACAGAUGAGUCAGAGAUUCUGAGGUUCUUGCAGCAUGGUACCCUGGUGGGACUUCUGCCUGUACCCCACCCCAUCCUCAUCCGCAAAUACCAAGCCAACUCAGGCACCGCCAUGUGGUUCCGAACCUACAUGUGGGGUGUCAUCUACCUGAGGAACGUGGACCCACCCAUCUGGUACGACACUGAUGUGAAGCUGUUUGAGAUCCAGCGGGUGUGAGGGUGAAGACUGGCAGGGAUAGGGCCAGGAAGGCUGGUUCUGGUCCCUGAUGCCCAAACCCACUGUUCUGAGCUUUAAAGGCCCACCAUAGGGCCUGGGGCAGGUAGAGUGGUUAGUCCUGGAUGGAAGGUUCCAGAGGUCCAUUGUGGCUGGGGACAAUAGCUGUGGUUAGGGAUAGCGGGGACCAGAAGUGCCCUCUACUCACCGGGCUGUUCUGGGAAUCUCUUGUCUCCAGGGAUAUAGGCCCCACCAGAGUCCCCUGCCCACUCUGGCUCCCCCUUCAAGAUUCGUUCCUAUGCUGCCUACCCCCAGAAGCCACUGUGCCCUAAUGGGUUUUCCCCAAGAAGGAGCCAUAGACUGUCCCUUGGGGUACCUGGGCAGGGUGAAGGGAGUCCUCUCGACACCCAGCCUGAAACCACUUUCCAGAUCCUCUCAUUGCCGGGGCCCUUAGGGAAAGAGAGUGUGGCUGGACUGCUGGCCCAGAGGGCUAGGGGCUGGGGGCUGGCAGUUUAUAAAGGACAGCCAGGGAGUACGUGUACUACAGGGGUUUGGGGUAUUGAGGGUCUCCUGUUACUGUCCCUGGGCCAGUAGAUAUCGCCUGGCUAGUGGGAGCUGGUGGUGUCAGCCCUCCCUACCCCACUACCUGGGUGAUAGGGGUGCCACCCUCCAUCAGCCUGGCCUCUGGGUCUCCCUUGCCCCACCUGUGUCAGUACAAUCUUUGCUCUGUACAAUCAGACACUUUACAUAAUAAAACGUCCCUUUCAGCA